ACCUUCUACCUUAUCUAAUCUUAGAACUGUCUUGUUCUUGUUUAUGGAAAAUGAGUUGUUUUUUUAUAUCUUUAUAUUUGAAUCAUCUUAUAUCAUGACACAUUUAAUGGAAAAUGAGUUGUUUUCUAAUAAAGUAUUAUGACCUGCAGCAAUUUUUCUUUUUAUCAUGACACAUUUGAUGGAAAUGCGUGACAGGAAGAAAAAAAUUAUAGCAAUGUUUAUGAUAUAUAUGGAGAUGUUGAAUUACUUUAUGUUGAUGACAAUUGUGUUAUGCUACCUUGAGUUAAGUAAGCGUUUGAAAAAGCGAAAAAGGUCAUGGAAUUUUUAUGAAAGAAGUUUAGUUAGAGAAGUCCAUUUUCGUAGAAUUAUUUACAUGAGUGAUUUGGCUUGCCUUGAAAAUACAAGGAUGGAUAGAGCUGCUUUCCACAAACUAUGUGACAUGUUGCAAGUUAUUGGUGGUUUGCUUCCUACUCGACACAUGUGUGUGGAGGAGUUGGUGGCUAUGUUUUUACAUAUAUUGGCACACCAUGUUAAGAAUAGAAUGAUUAGAAGACAAUUUGUUAGGUCUGGUGAAACAAUUAGUAGGCAUUUCAGUAAUGUAUUAUUGGCAGUUUUGAAGUGUCAUAAAGAAUUGUUAAAACAACCUAAACCAAUUUUGGAGGGCAACACAGACGAACGAUGGAAAUACUUUAAAAAUUGUUUAGGAGCUCUUGAUGGCACCUACAUCAAGGUCAAUGUGCCUGAAGCUGACAAAAGUAGAUAUAGGACAAGGAAGGGUGAGAUAGCUACAAAUGUGUUAGGUGUAUGCUCGCCAGAUUUACAAUUCAUAUAUGUUUUGCCUGGUUGGGAGGGAUCAGCUGCUGACUCUAGAGUCCUUAGAGAUGCUAUUUCUCGACCAAAUGGUUUAAAGGUUCCUCAAGGGUAUUAUUAUUUAUGUGAUGCUGGAUACAUGAAUGGAGAAGGAUUUCUUACUCCUUAUAGAGGUCAAAGGUAUCAUCUUAGUGAGUGGAGGAAUGGAUUACAACCAUCUACCCCUAAAGAAUUUUUCAAUAUGAAACAUUCUUCAGCUAGGAAUGUAAUAGAAAGAUGUUUUGGACUUUUGAAUGGACGUUGGGCUAUAUUUAGAGAGAAGUCAUUUUAUCCUGUAAAAACUCAAGGAAGAAUAAUAGCAGCUUGUUGUCUUUUACAUAAUCAUAUUCGCAAAGAAAUGACAUUGGAUCCUUUGGAAUUGAAUUUAGGAGAUGAUGAGUUCUCUAAUGAAGUCAUGUCCGGUGACAUGAUAACUAUUGUGGAGCCAAGUACGACAUGGAGUCAAUGGAGAGAUAGUUUUUCAUUAGAUAUAUUUAAUAGGUGGAGAGGUGAAAAUCAUUGA